AUGGACUUUUUGGCCUCUUACUCUGAGAAACAGUGCUUUUCAGAAUUAUUUGACUCUACUGAUGGAGAGGAUAUGGAAGAGGAAAGUCUGGUGAGAUAUGCAGAAGAUUUAGAGAUGAAUACUUUUGAUGGAUUGCCAUUCUCUUCCCGUUAUUACAAACUCCUCAAAGAGAGAGUGGAACUUCUUGUCUGGCAAGUGAAAUACACUUUCAUGGACAGUCUGCAUAAUCAUCAGAUUGUGAUUGUUUCAGCAGAUGCCAAAACUGGUAAGAGCUCCCAGGUGCCUCAAUGGUGUGCUGAAUAUUCUCUUUCUACCCAUUUUCAACAUGGAACAAUUGUAUGCACACAAACGCAUAAACACACAGCAGUAUGGUUGGCAUUGCAAGUAGCUGAUGAGAUGGAUGUCAAUAUUGGUCAUGAAGUGGGUUAUGUGGUCCCAUGUGAGAGUUGUUGCAAUAGUGAAACAAUCCUGAGAUACAGUACAGAUGACAUGCUACAAAGAGAAAUGAUGUCCAGUCCUCUUCUGAGCAAUUAUGGAAUCAUCAUUUUAGAUGAUGUGCAUGAAAGAAUUCUUCCAACAGAUAUAUUGCUUGGACUUCUUAAAGAUGUCUUGAUUUUAUGACCAGAGCUGAAGCUAAGUGUAGUUACAUCUCCUCCAAUGUCCGGCAAACUACAAGCAUAUUUUGGUAGCAUGUCUCUCAUAAGAGUGAAAAGCAAAUACCAGGCGGAGGUUAUAUAUACCUGUAGCAUUCAGAAAGGUAAUUUCUUGCCUGCUUUAAGGCUGCUCUUUGAGAUUCAUAACUCCAAAGAGAGAGGUGAUAUUUUGAUCUUUCUAGCCUGUGAACAAGAAAUUGGGAAAGCCUACCAGAUUAUUCAACAAGAGGGGCCUAAUUUAAAUCCUGAUCUUGGUGAAUUUGACCCUGUUCCUCUCUAUCCCAGUGAAAAAGAGAGUAUCCUCAAGCCAAGUGAAGAAAAGACUUGCAAAAAUUACAGGAGGAAUGUGUUGCUAACUACAAGCUUUGGGGGCUCUUUGGUUUGGAUUAAAACUGUGGCCUUCGUUAUAGAUGUUGGGAUAGAGAAAAUAAAGGUAUACAAUCCUCAAAUCAGAGCAGAUGCUGUUGUGAUACAGCCCAUUAGUAAAAGCCAACCUGAGAUGCGUAAGCAAAUUCUGGGCAUGUCCUCAGGCAAAUGUUUCUGCCUCUACCCUGAAGAAUUGACAGAAAAAGAAGUGAAGCUCCUACCACCAGCUAGAAUACAGGAAUCCAAGCUGACCAGCAUGGUUCUUUUUCUGAAAAGAACGGAUAUUGCAGGCCUAGGCCGCUGUGACUUCAUAGAUAGGCUAGCUCCUGAAAGACUCAUGCAGGUUUUGGAAGAUCUGGAUUACUUGGCUGCCCUGGACAAUGAUGGAAACCUUUCAGAAUUUGGAAUAAUAAUGUCAGAGUUUCCUGUUGAUCCACAGCUGUCAAAGGCUAUUUUAGCUUUGUGUGAAUUUAACUAUGUGGAAGAAAUGCUAACCAUUGCUGCUAUGGUAACAGCUCCUAGUUGCUUUUUAAACCCACCACAGGGAACAGAAGAGAUUGCAAUCGCUUGCCGUCAAAAAUUCUUGCAUCCUGCUGGAGAUCAUUUCACCAUCAAUGUGUACAAGGCUUACAAGGAAGCUAGUACAAACUCCACAGGCCUGUACCAUACGACUGAAAAGUGGUGUCAAGAUUAUUUUCUGAACUGCUCUGCACUAAUGGCAGAAAUUAUCAGAGUUGAAUUGGAUGACAUUAUGAAACGAAUCGAACUCUCAGUUUCAGCACCUACUUUUGGAUUGAAAGAAAAUGUAUUGAGGAUAAAGAAAGCACUCUUAUCUGGUUACUUUAUACAAAUAAGGAAACCAAACGCUCAUGAUGUUGAUGGCUCUGGAAACUACUUAAUGUUGACACACAGGCAAGUAGCUCAGCUUCACCCUUUAUCAAUAUACUGCAACACUGCAAGGAUCCCAGAGUUUGUGUUCCAUGAAUUUAGUGUCGCUGAAAACAACUCUAUAAAAAUCAUCUCAGCGAUAUCACCUGACCUAUUUGUGGAGCUGGCACCUCAAUACUAUUUUAGUAAUUUAUCCACCAGUGAAAGCAAGACCAUUCUGCAGGAAGAAAUCAAUCAUUUAUCGCCCAUUUCAACAACACAUGAGGAACAAAAACCAAACAGUGAAGAUAAAGAAUAUAAAAAAAAUCCUGAAAGACCUGCUGAACAGUGAUGCAUUAUUCAAUAAGUUUGCUAUCCCAAACUAUGUUGAACUAUACAUAACCUAUGUACAAUAUAUGCCCUAACAUCAGUUUUUAUAAUAUGUGACAUGAGAAAUCAUUUUAGAACAGAACAAAAUGCAGGAGUAAGAGUUUUCCAUCAUCUUCAGCAGUAUGGAAACCAUCUACAGUUAGUUAAAAAUGUGUCCAGCAAUUAUUUAAUGAUACAUUAAAUAAACAUUUUUAUUGCAUGUGUAAUCACACAAAUGUUUUAAAUGCAAUCUGCCUGCCAAUGACAGCAAGUUGUGUAGCUGAUAUAUUUUAUGAGAAUAUAAAGGAGAUCCCCCCAAAAUGCAGAACAAAUAUAGAAAAUUUCUUGACACAUCUCAAGUCAAGGAACUCUUGCAGGUUCAGAAACCAUUAACUCAGAAAGUGGUUUAGACAGAAAGAUAUUCUUUGAGUUUAUCCAUGAUAGCAUUCAUCCUGUCAGCAGGGAUUACCAUCACAGUUCGUAAAGGUUUCAUGGGUACAUCUUCAAAAGACCAUCUGCCUCCUAAACACGAAUCACUCUCCUCUUCUACUGAGUAACUGAACUUCAGAAGUGAUUUCUAAAACAAAAUAAGCAAACUCAAGUU